GGGAAAGCGUGGACGACGCAGUCGACUCGCCGGCCCCCGGGGCGGUUAGCGCUUCCGGGGUCGAAGGGUGCGCGGGGUUGAAAGCGGCCCGCUCCGCCCCGUCCCCCUCCCAGACCAGCAGAGGCAGCAGCCGGAGCAGCCGCAGCCUGCGCCCUCUCCCGCCCGCCCGCCCUCCGCCCGCCCGCCCGCCCUCCGCCGCCCUCCACCCGCCCCGGGGUCUCUUUCCCCCUUCCUCCUCCUCCACCCCCCCUCCUCCGCCCGCUAGCGGGGCCCCCCUCGCCUUCCCGCCCGCCCCUAUUGUUCCGCCCCCGGCCUCCCGCCCUUCCCCUUCCCGCCCGCUCCCCUUUUCCCCUCAGUCGACUCGCGCCUCCAGUGACCAAAGACUUGACCACUCAAAGUCCAGCUCCCUGUAACUGCUAGACAUGGACACCGGUGUGAUUGAAGGUGGAUUAAAUGUCACUCUCACCAUCAGGCUACUUAUGCAUGGAAAGGAAGUUGGCAGUAUCAUCGGAAAGAAAGGAGAAUCUGUUAAGAAGAUGCGCGAGGAGAGUGGUGCACGUAUCAACAUCUCAGAAGGGAAUUGUCCUGAGAGAAUUAUCACUUUGGCUGGACCGACUAAUGCCAUCUUCAAAGCCUUUGCUAUGAUCAUUGACAAACUGGAAGAGGACAUAAGCAGCUCUAUGACCAAUAGCACAGCUGCCAGUAGACCCCCGGUUACCUUACGGCUGGUGGUUCCUGCUAGUCAGUGUGGCUCUCUUAUUGGAAAAGGUGGUUGCAAGAUCAAGGAAAUAAGAGAGAGUACAGGGGCUCAGGUCCAGGUGGCAGGGGAUAUGCUCCCCAACUCAACUGAGCGGGCAAUCACUAUUGCUGGCAUUCCGCAAUCCAUCAUUGAGUGUGUCAAACAGAUCUGUGUGGUCAUGUUGGAGUCCCCCCCGAAGGGCGUGACCAUCCCGUACCGGCCCAAGCCCUCCAGUUCUCCAGUCAUCUUUGCAGGUGGUCAGGACAGGUACAGCACAGGCAGCGACAGUGCGAGCUUUCCCCACACCACCCCGUCCAUGUGCCUCAACCCUGACCUGGAGGGACCACCUCUAGAGGCCUAUACCAUUCAAGGACAGUAUGCCAUUCCACAGCCAGAUUUGACCAAGCUGCACCAGUUGGCAAUGCAACAGUCUCAUUUUCCCAUGACCCAUGGCAACACCGGAUUCAGUGGCAUUGAAUCCAGCUCUCCAGAGGUGAAAGGCUAUUGGGCAGGUUUGGAUGCAUCUGCUCAAACUACUUCUCAUGAACUCACCAUUCCAAAUGAUUUGAUUGGCUGUAUAAUCGGGCGUCAGGGCGCCAAAAUCAAUGAGAUCCGUCAGAUGUCUGGGGCGCAGAUCAAAAUUGCAAACCCAGUGGAAGGAUCUACUGAUCGGCAGGUUACCAUCACUGGAUCUGCUGCCAGCAUUAGCCUGGCUCAGUAUCUAAUCAAUGUCAGGCUUUCCUCGGAGACAGGUGGCAUGGGGAGCAGCUAGAACAGAGCAGAUUCAUCCAUAAUCCCUUCCUGCUGUUCACCACCACCCAUGAUCCAUCUGUGUAGUUUCUGAACAGUCAGCGAUUCCAGGUUUUAAAUAGUUUGUAAAUUUUCAGUUUCUACACACUUUAUCAUCCACUCAUGAUUUUUUAAAAGUGUUUUAAUUCCUUUCUCUGUUCAGCAGUUAUGCUGAGAUAUCCAUAUUUAGUUUUAUAAGCUUCUCCCCCCUUUUUUUUGGCUCAUGAAUUUUUGUUUGUCAUGGAAAUGUAAGAGUGGAUUAUUAAUACAUUUCAGUUUAGUUCUGUAAUGUCAGGAAUUUUUCAAAAAAAAAAAAAUUAAAAGAUGGACUGGAGCUUUUUCUUUGUGAAUAGAAACUGGAUGCCACAGUGA